AUUCAGUUCUUUAACAAACAGGGUGAGGCUCCGCCUCCACCGCUUUCUUAAAUCCCCUCCGCCUUUUUCUUCUCCCUUCUGUACAAAUUUUCAGGUGGUUUUUCGUUUUUGAUAAUUUGAAUUUCUAGUUUUAGAAUAUCUUUGAUCGAUGGAUUCUGUUGGGAAGAACGUGGAUCGGAUUAAGGGUCCGUGGAGUCCUGAGGAAGAUGAAUCGUUGAAGAGAUUGGUUGAAAGCUAUGGACCGAGGAAUUGGUCGUUGAUUAGUAAGUCGAUUCCUGGUCGUUCUGGGAAAUCUUGCCGUCUCCGAUGGUGUAAUCAGCUUUCUCCUCAGGUGGAACACCGCCCGUUUACUGCUGAAGAGGAUGACGCCAUUAUCAGAGCUCACGCCAAGUUUGGGAAUAAGUGGGCCACCAUUGCUCGUCUUUUGAAUGGCCGCACCGAUAACGCGAUCAAGAAUCACUGGAAUUCGACGCUCAAGCGUAAAUGCUCCGCCAUGGGUGAUGAUUUCAACGAUCCGGAUUUGCAUCAGCCUCUCAAAAGAUCUGCCAGCGUUGGUCCGGGUCCAGUCACCGUCGCUUCCGGGUUUGGGUUGAAUCCGAGUAGUCCAUCUGGAUCCGAUUUGAGUGACUCAUCUCCAUCGCUACCCCCACCGCCACCACAGCCUGUAUACAGACCCUUAGCUAGAAGUAGCUCGAUUGUUCCGUCAAAUCAUCGGCAGAUUGUGAACUCCUACGAUCCUCCUACCUCACUAUGCCUCUCACUGCCAGGAUCCAAUUCGACAUCCGGGUAUGGGUCGGAUUCAGUGGCGAGCCCGACCCGGAAGAUGAUUCAGGCAAUUCCUACUACCGGUGGGCAUGUCAAGGAAUCCGAGUUAUUCAGUGCAGAAUUCUUAAGUGCGAUGCAGGAGAUGAUUAAAAUCGAAGUAAGGAAGUACAUGUCUGGAUUCGAGCAUAAAGGUUGGCAUUUGCAUACCGAUGCCAUCAGAAACGCUGUGGUUAAGCGUAUGGGAAUAAGCAAGAUCGAUUAGCAGAGCAGAUAAAUGGCAGAACCAAACUCUUUGGAUUUUACCAUCCCCUCCCGUCUUCUACAGAAAUCACAAUCAUUUUGGCAGUGUACAGAGAAGCGCAAGCAAGCGAGAGAGAGAAACAGAGAAAAUUAUUCAAUGAAUGAUGCUGUUUAGCCUUCCAAUUUCUUUAAUCUUUGGUUUAUCAUAGAAAAGAAGAAAAAACGAAAAAAUCCAUUAAAUCUUAGAGACCAUGAAUCAGCCAAAUUCUAUUAAUCUCUGUGAAUCGAAUCGAUGAAAUUAAUUAAAGACCCAUGAUUGAUUUGACACAAAA